AUGGCACGACAAGUCGACCUCGUGAUCGUUGGAGCAGGACCAGCAGGUCUCAUGGCAGCCGCAUGGGCCGCUUUCUACAACCUGAAAACCGUCGUUCUCGACAAACGUCCCAGCAAGAUCGAAAAAGGGCAUGCGGAUGGCCUCCAAUCUCGCACACUGGAGAUCUUGCACAGCUUUGGGUUUGGUGACCAGAUAUACAGAGAAGCCAACCGUCUGCAAGAGGUCUGCUUCUGGGUACUCCAUCUUCUACGAGCGACGCCCAGACUCCUCAUAACUGACGAUUUCCAGAAUCCAGACAACAAUGGAGUCAUCCGACGGACUGACAGAAUUCCUGAUACCAUACUCGGCAUCAGCAGGUUCCAGCAGAGUGUACUCCAUCAAGGCCGGAUAGAAGAUUACUUCCUCGAGUUCAUCGAUCGUACCAGCAAGAACGUACACAUCCAGAGAUCCACAGAACCAUUUGGGAUGCACAUAGAUGAAACCCUAGUUGAAGCUGCGGACGAUUGGCCGAUCACAGUCCGUACACGAUCAACGCAAGACGGGCUGACGAAUGGCGUUCCGUCGAAUAAGGACGAUUUGAUACAGUGCAAGUAUCUGAUCGGUUGUGAUGGCGCCCAUUCUUGGGUCCGAGGGCAGAUGGGACUGGUCAUGGAAGGGGAGCAGACGGAGUCAGUCUGGGGCGUGAUGGAUGUGAUUCCCGUUACCAAUUUUCCGGACAUCCGUAUGCGCUGCGUGAUACACAGCGCAUCGAGCGGAUCCAUCAUGGUCAUACCACGGGAAAGAGGCCUGGUGCGUUUGUACAUUCAGCUCGCCAGCAUACAGCCGGGAGCAGGCCAUAGAUAUGACAGGGCGAAAGGAAGUCCAGAGAUGAUAUUCGAGGCUGCGCAACGGAUCAUGAGGCCUUGGGAGAUACGGUAUGAUUAUUGCGAGUGGUGGACAAUUUAUCAGAUCGGGCAGAGAUUGGGCAACGGAUAUGGCGCGCACGACCGCAUCUUCCUCGCUGGAGAUGCCGUCCACACGCACUCGCCAAAGGCCGGUCAAGGGAUGAACGUAAGCAUACAGGACACCUACAACUUGGGAUGGAAGAUCGGUUCCGUCCUCACCGGAACAGCGAGAAGAUCAAUACUCUCAACCUAUGAAUCGGAGAGGAGGCCGAUUGCGAAGCAACUCAUCGACUUCGACCGCAAAUUCUCUCGCAUGUUCUCUGGUCGUCCGGCCAAAGACAUUGCGGACGAGGCAGGCAUCUCCAUGACCGAGUUCAAAAGCACCUUCGAAAAGGGAAACAUUUUCACUUCCGGCACUUCGGUUGAAUAUGCGGAGAGUCAAGUGGUAUCCAGCAGCUCGGGAAAGAUUUUGCGGCCCGGUGUCAGGUUUCCGUCAUUCCAGGUCGUUUGCCAGUGCGAUGCCACGCCCGUCCAGUUGGCGGAUGCUCUCAAAUCGGACGGUAUAUGGCGGUUGGUUGUGUUCUGCGGUGACCUUACCCAGGAUGCUACAAAUCAACGGCUGAAGACGUUGGGCAAAGGGUUGGAGGACGCUAUUUCGGCCUUGAACAAGCCAGUCGUAGAGCCCAUCUUGGUUCAUGCCUCUUCACGGGACAAUGUCGAGCUGGCAGACGUUCCGGCACCAUUCUACUACCGUUCAAAUUCGAACGAGCGGGACUACUAUCGAGUGUUUGCGGACGACUGGAGCUAUCACCACGGCCAUGGUCAUGCUUACGGGGGUUAUGAUGUGGACAGAAAUCAGGGCCUGGCUGUUCUCGUCCGUCCCGACCAGUACAUUGCCUGGGCGGGUGACAUCGACGAUACCGGGGCCAUGGAAGAGUUCCUGGACGGUUGCCUUCUUUGA